AUGCAUUUGAAAGAGCAGAAAAAAACCUACAAAACGGUUGGGCGACGACCUGUGGUGAAAGCUGAGCUCGCCGUGGCAUGGCUACUUAGUUUGGGGAAAAGUCUCUUUGCCACUCCAGCAUAUUCACUGCCUCAGUACCCUGCACACUGGGCCCUGCCGUCUCAGACGUCGGACGGUAUGGCGACCAGUGAGAGGCGAUCAAAUCUCAGACUGUGUACUUACAACGCGAGAACAGUUUCCACAGACGCUGACCUGCAUGCCCUUCUCGGAGCUGCAGAGCGUAUCAAAUUUCACGUGAUUGCUCCGCAGGAGACCAAGUGUAGAAGAAGCGACGUACGACAGAUGAAUGACGGUACACUCGUCAUUCGUGGAGAGAAGGUUCCGUCGCGAAAUGUAGGCGGUGUUGGUUUCGUUGUGCGCCCAUCUGUCGUCCAUCUCGUCGAUUCUCACGAGAUCCUGUCACCUCGUCUGGCCAUUCUUCGCCUCCGCCCUCUGCGCCAAAAAUCCAUCAGUAUCAUCAACUGCUAUUCACCAACAUCAGCAGCUGAUGAUUUCGAAUUGGACGCGUUUUACGAGGAGCUGGAAGUAGUCCGCAACGAGAAGUCCUUUUACAAACUCGUUGUCGGAGACUUCAACGCAAAACUAGGAAAGGCCACAGAAAAGGAAUACAGGAUUGGAAGAUUUGGACUAGGGGACCGGAAUGAAAAUGGCAAUCGUCUCGCCGGGCUGUUGUCCGUCGCUCGCCUCUUUCAUGGGAACUCUCUUUUCAUGAAAAAAGAUCAUCGUCGGUGGACAUGGGAAUCGCCCAAUGGCGCGACUCGUGCGGAGAUCGACCACAUACUCACCAACCGGAGGUGGUGUCUACUUGACGUUUCAGUAGUACCAUCCUUUUGUAGUGGUUCUGAUCACCGUCUCCUUCGUGCGAAAAUACGACUUAGCCACACGAUGGAAAAGAACAUCUGCUAUCGGCAACGAAGGAGAAAAGAAGUCGUCUACGACGAUUGCGUACUCGAGGACUCCUUGUCCCAAGGUGACUGGCACAUCGAGGAGGACCCAAACGUGGACUACGAGAUGCUGCUCAGAGGAUUACGAGCCUGUGCUGAACGUGCCUUGAAGCCGCGCACGACAAACAUGGAUCGAAUUUCGAAGACCACCAAGGAAUUGUUAGGAAGAAGAAGGACUUUGAGGCUUGAUCCGAAUGCAUCGCACAUUGAGCGCCCAACCAUCCCCACUGGUCAAGCUCCACCACGGAUUCUUCCUUCGGAAGUACGAGUCGCUAUCAAGAGCAUGAAACCUGGCACAGCCCCCGGACCUGAUUUUAUAUCAGCAGACUUUCUUCGGACUGGUGGCCAUCCGCUUCAUGUAAUCUUAGCAGCACACAUGACAUCCUAUCUUCAGAAAGAAAGAAUCCCAGACCAGUGGAAGACCUCACGAACCGUUCUUGUCCAUAAGAAAGGUGACCGAGAGGACCUUCGGAACUACCGUCCGAUAUGCUUGCUGAGCGUGUUAUACAAACUAUUCACCAAGAUCAUCCUCACGCGCAUAUCUAGGACGCUGGAUGAAGCCCAGCCUCAAGAACAAGCUGGAUUCCGCCAGGGGUUCAGCUGCUUGGACCACAUCUAG